GGCAGGUUCAUAUUAUACCUCUCAUUUUAGAUAUUUCUUCAGCUUUUCAAAAUUAUUUCUUACCAGAUAUUUAUUACCAAAUUGCAAUUAUCUUGUUUUUACAGUACAAUUCUGUAUGUGUGUGUAUGUUUGUGUUUGUGUAUGUGUGUAUAUUUUGUUCUUUGGAUAUAUGUGCAUGUGUGCAUGCUGUGUGAACAUGAAUAAAUGUGCUAUUGUGCAGAAUUCCGUCAAAUCACCUCUCAAGAGAUCACAGGUUGAGAAAGUAACCAACAUGCAGAUCCUCAUUUUGUUGCUACUACUCUUUGUGAUAUCUGCAGUGAGCUGUGUGGGAGCCACAAUUUGGAACAAAAUGUACCUGGAAAACAUUUGGUACAUGGGAAUUAGUGGUAUCACCCCCCACAACCAUGUGUUUGAUAUAUUGGUAUUCAUUAUCUUGUACCAUAACCUUGUUCCCAUCAGUCUGCUGUUAACUCUGGAAACUGUGAAAUUCAUUCAGGCCCAGUUUAUAAACUGGGAUGAAGAUAUGCAUUACGAACAAAAUAAUCUGUAUGCGAUGGCCAGAACAUCCAACCUCAAUGAAGAGCUUGGGCAGGUAAAAUAUUUAUUUUCUGAUAAAACAGGAACCCUCACUUGCAAUACAAUGGCAUUUAAGAAGUGUACCAUUGCAGGCAUAAUUUAUGGAAAUCAUUCAGACAAUACUAAUGAUGGUAAUGAAAACCUCAGGUAUGAACAUUUUUCUUUCCUACUUUGCCUUUGUUCCUUUUCCCUGAAGUCAACUUUUAUGAAUAAUAGCGUAUUGAUUUGUAUCACCUUCCUCUUGUCCAGACCUCAAAUGGCAGCUUCCAGAAAGCUCUCUGGGGACUUCUGGUCAAAAGUAAUCUUCUGUAUUCUUCCUCAUAGUAGAGCAUCUUUCUGUGAAUUUAAUGACCCUAAAUUAUUGGAGAACUUUGAGGAUGGUCAUCCCUCAUCAGAAUACAUUAAGGAAUUCCUUACCCUCUUAUGUGUGUGCCAUACAGUUAUUCCUGAGAGAUGUGGAAAUGAUAUACUCUACCAGGCUUCCUCCCCAGAUGAAGCUGCUUUAGUGAAAGGAGCAAAAAAACUUGGCUUUGUUUUCACCACAAGAACACCUUAUUAUGUCACCAUAGAAGUUAUGACAGAAACACACACUUUUGAAAUCCUUAACAUCCUGGAGUUCUCUAGCAAUAGAAAAAGGAUGUCGAUAAUUGUAUGGACUCCUGCAGAACAUCUUCGGCUAUACUGCAAAGGGGCGGACACAGUGAUUUAUGAGAGACUUUCAAAAGAUUCCCUAUUUGUGGAGGACACAUUAAAACAUUUGGAACUUUUUGCCACAGAAGGUCUGAGGACUCUCUGUAUUGCCUAUACUGAUUUAACUGAGACAGAUUACCAAGAUUGGUUGCAGGAGUAUAAAAAAGCUAGUGCAAUUUCACAAAACAGAAUUCAAAGACUGGAGGAAUGCUAUGAGAUUAUUGAAAAGGAAUUUCUGCUGCUUGGAGCCACAGCCAUAGAAGAUCGUCUUCAAGCAAAUGUUCCAGAAACUAUAUCAACUCUACUGAAAGCAAACAUAAAAAUAUGGGUCUUGACAGGAGAUAAACAAGAAACUGCAGUUAACAUAGCAUUUUCCUGCAAACUGAUAUCAAGUACCACACCUCGUAUUUAUUUGAAUGCAGAUUCAUUUGAGGCAGCACAACAAGCAAUUAACCAUAACUGUGGAGAUCUUGGACACUUAUUAGGUAAAGAGAACGACUUGGCCCUAAUUAUUGAUGGUGAAACAUUGAAGUAUGCCUUAAGGUUUGAAAUUCAGAAGAAGUUCCUAGAUUUGGCCCUUUCAUGUAGAGCAGUAUUAUGUUGUAGGCUAUCUCCCCUCCAGAAAGCUGAAAUAGUGGACUUGGUGAAGAAGCAUGAAGAGGCCAUCACUCUUGCUGUUGGGGAUGGUGCCAACGAUGUGGGGAUGAUCCGGAUGGCCCAUGUGGGAGUGGGGAUCAGUGGGAAUGAGGGCAUGCAGGCCACCAACAACUCAGAUUACUCCAUUGCUCAGUUUAGAUACUUGGAGAAGCUUCUGUUGGUUCAUGGAACUUGGAACUAUUUUCGAGUGACCAAAUGCAUAUUGUAUUCUUUCUACAAGAAUGUAGUGCUAUACAUUAUUGGGCUUUGGUUCUCCUUUGUUAAUGGAUUCUCUGGGCAGAUUAUAUUUGAGCAUUGGUGCAUCAGCUUGUACAAUGUGAUUUUCACUUCAUUACCACCUUUAACUCUGGGAAUCUUUGAGAAAUGUUGCAGUCAAAAGAGCCUCCUGGAGUAUCCACAACUCUACACAGUUUUUCAGACAGGGGAAAUGUUCAACACAAAGGUGUUUUGGAUUCAAUGUAUAAAUGCUUUGAUCCACUCCUUCAUUCUCUUCUGGUUUCCCACAAAAAUGCUGGAGCAUGAUAUGAUUUUGCGACAUGGUUACACCACAGACUAUUUAUUUCUUGGAAAUUUUAUUUAUACGUAUGUAGUUGUUACUGUUUGUCUGAAAGCUGGGCUGGAGACAACAUCUUGGAAUAGAUUUAGUCAUGUGGCAAUUUGGGGAAGCAUAAUAAGCUGGAUGUUGUUUUUCUCAGUUUAUUCUUCCUUCUGGCCCAUCUUCUCUGUUGCUCCUGAAAUGACAGGACAGAUCAAUAUGGUUCUGGGUUGUCCACACUUCUGGAUGGGUUUUUUGUUAGUCCCUACUACCUGCCUGAUUCAAAAUUUUUUCUGGAAAUUGAUUAAAAAUACCUACAAAAGAGGGCUUCUAGAAGAAAUUCAGGAGCUGGAAAGCAGAAAAGAUAGAAUAUUGGAACAUAGUGAGAUUUUUGAAAAGAGGAUGACAGCAGCAAGUCUCACAGUGUCCUUUAGUACACAGCCCUGUGAGAUUUUCUUCCGGGAUGAUUCUGUUGAUCUAAGUGCCCCACAUGGGUAUGCAUUUUCCCAAACAGAAGGAGCAGUGGUCACUCAGGAAGAACUAGUUCGUGCUUAUGACACAGCUAAAAUGGAAAACUCAAGAAUCUCAAAGAGAAGUUCUGAUUUUUCUGAAAUUUUCUGAGUAACACCAAGAUCAUUGUGUUUUGUGUGCUCAUAACCUUCCCUGAAGCUGACAGAGUGAAUUGGCACUCCUAUUCCAAACUAGAGUUUGUUAUUUAUUUGUUAUUUAUAUUGACUGAUUCAUGGGAAUAAGUAAUGGGGAGGCCUUCAUUUUUCUUCAAUAUUUUACCCAACAUGUUUAUUAUUUUCUGUGACUGUGAGAUAAUUUAUCAAGUUUAGUCUAAAGUAUAAAAUUAAACAUAUUACAUUUUAACAAAAUUUAAACUUUGUAUAAGUUGGGGGUGGGGAGAGUAGAAGAUGUCAUGUUGCCUAGCAAAGCUAUUGUGCCUAAUAAAUAUGGAGCCAUGCAGAAACUUCAUAUGUUGAAAUCACACAUUAAAGGCAUGGAGCAACGCAUAAAA